AUGGCGGUGGAAGGGAGCAACGACCUAUCGGGCGAACAAGAUUUCAUCGAGCAUGGAGUCGUGGAAAGCGCAACGCGGACGGACAGGCCAGAAACUGAUUCAGACGAGCCCCCACCUGCGUGGAAAAAAAGGACAAAGUUCGACUCGCUCGCGGAAGCCUAUGAUUUCUAUAAUUUGUUCUCCUGGGAGGUUGGGUUCGGGAUAAGGUACGGAAAGAGCAGGAGAAAUGUGAAGGGAUCAAAAUGUAUGCAGGAAAUCGUCUGUGGCUGUGCGGGUCGGCCAAAGCCUAACACAAGGUCGUCCAUGUCAAUGUGCCCCGCUCUCAUAAGAUUACUCCGCAGCAAUCGGGAUGACGGGACCUGGUAUGUAUCGGAGAACAGGCAAGAGCAUAACCAUGGUUUGUCAGGAACGUGCGGUGAGAAAUUGCAUUGGCCAUCUCAUAGGCACAUUGACAAGUACAGUAAGGACGCGGUGAAACAACUUAGGGAGAACAACGUUCCUCUCGGCAAGGUGUACAGCAUCAUAGGUUCCAUGUUUGGGAGGAUGGAGAAUGUACCUUUCACGAAGAGGUCGCUGCGCACGCUGUGCGGCAAAAUGGGGAGAGAACAAGCAGAUCAUGAUGUCCAGAAAACCAUUGCAGAAUUCGCUAGGCUAAAAACAACUGAUCCGGACUUCGACUACACUGUCGAGGUGGAUGAAGACAGUCGUGUGAAGACAUUAAUUUGGAGUAGCGGCCGCAGCUGGCAUCAGUACCAUCAUUUUGGUGAUGUGGUUACUUUUGACACGACAUACAAAACAAAUCUCUAUGACAUGCCUUUCAGGCUGUUUGUGGGUGUCAACAAUCAUUUCCAAAGUAUAAUCUUUGGAGGGGUUCUCAUGCACACGACACAACGAUGGUGCAAGUGGCACGUCCUAAGGAAGGCUAAGGAGCAGCUAGGGCCUUAUUACACGAAGCAGAGCUACUUCAGGGCUGCUUUCCAUAAAGUGGUGAAUGAAAUGCUGACGGUCGAUGAAUUCAAACGGGCAUGGCACCUACUACUCAGGCAAUACAACCUAGAGAACCACCCGUACCUCAUUCAGGUGUAUGAAUGCCGGUCCAAGUGGGCUAAACCAUUCUUCAGUGGAAAAUUUUGUGCUAGGCAGACCAGCACACAAAGGAGUGAGAGUGCAAAUCAUAUGUUGAAGGUUUACGUGCCUCCUAGAUCCCCGAUGCAUGUUUUCGUGAUGCAGUACGGGAAGCUCUAGCACGCCCGAGAGUCUGAAGAGAGUUUCCAAGAAAGGCGUACCAAGUUGGUUUUUGGAAAAAUCCUGUAUGAGUCUGGUUCAUACGAAGUGACAGAGCUACUACCCAACAAGUUAUACCAAGCACGACAUGUCCAUGGUGAGCCACGUGAGAAAUGGUACCGCAUCGACUAUCAGGUCAGGGUGGAUGACAAGGGUAAUUCGUACAACUGUGAGUGUGGUCUAUUGGAGCACAUGGGGAUGCUGUGCUGCCAUGCACUGAAGGCUUGGUUCUGGAUGUAA